CCGCGUCCCCGCCUACGUGCAGCGCUACUUACUCAAACACUCGCUGGGCGCCUCGCGCCGUGCUUUCACGUUUCUAACUGCCCUCUGUUGUGAUUACAUCAAAGGUUAUUGGACGAGCCCGCGUCACGUGCUCAUCCUUCGACAGGAGUUUCCACGACAGCUGAGAAGCAGCUAAAUGCGUUUUUUCACCUGUAACAUUGAACAUUUUAAAGUCCACCGAGUCGAAGCUUCGCAAAAUGGGAGACAAGAAGAGCCCCACGAGGCCGAAGCGGCAACCCAAGCCCUCCUGCGACGAUGGCUACUGGGACUGUAGCGUGUGCACGUUCAGGAACAGCGCUGAGGCGUUUAAGUGCAUGAUGUGUGAUGUCAGGAAGGGGACGUCGACGCGAAAACCUCGGCCUGUUUCACAACUGGUUGCGCAGCAAGUAAAUCAGCAGUUUGCAUCACCUACACACCCCAAAAAGAAGAAAGAAAAAUCAGAGAAGGACAAAAGUGAUAAGGAGACAGGACUGAAAAGAAAAAGUCAUAAAAAGAUGAGGCCCAGGUUAAAAAACAUAGACCGGAGCAGUGCCCAGCAUCUAGAGGUCACAGUUGGAGACUUGACUGUAAUAAUCACAGACUUUAAGGAGAAAGCCAAACCCACAUCCACUUCAACAAGUGCUGCCUCAGCAGACCAACUCAGUCAAAGCGGCUCAAGUUCUGAUAACACUGAAAGAGGGGUCUCCAGGUGCUCGUCGCCUCAUGGGGAAGGCUCACCUGUCAAUGGAGAGGCUCACUAACCUUUACACUCUGCCAUCACAUCUCACUUUCCUGCACUCUGCAAAGCCUCAACCAGAGAUUAAACUUCAACAUGCAAGGUUUUUUUACAAAAAUAAUAAUAGAAAUGCAAGCAUUCACCUCCAUUAGGGGUUGUACUUUUCACUGCCUUUGAAUGAUGUUAAAGAAUUCAUGAGUCAGGACAUAUUUCAACUCGAUGGACUGCUGAAGCAAAAUCUGUUAUGAACUGAAAAGAGAGAAAGUAGCAUUAAAUAGUGGAUGUUGGUGGAAGUGUGCUACAGUACAUGUCGUGGUGACUUGUGUUUUGCACCUUAGUGUCACGUCAGCCUCACACUCAGGUGGCCGUUUCUGCACACAAUUCACGAAAGGACACGUGAAGUCAUCUCAGAAUUGUAGUUUAUCUUUCAAUUUUGUUACUGUGAUUUGCACUUACUGGCAUCCUAUUUUUCACGAUAACAGGUUUAGCAUUAUUUCCACUUUGCUGUUAUCAGUAAAUCAUAACACUGUUGCUAAUUGGCCUUAUCCAGCUCCCUUCUUUGUUCUGGGAUGCAAUAAUAGUUAUAUUGUCUAACAUUUGAGUAAAUAUUGUUAUUCUAUGUAUGCUUGUCCUUCAUUUGGUAGAGCUGAGCAUGAUUUAUUCUAUAGAAUGGUUUAUAAAGUAAUUAAAGUUAAAUAAAAUAAGUUGUAGA